AUGCAGCUGCCAUUGGCUCAACCACGCUCUUGGAUGGGCCUGUUACUGCUAGUGUCAAGCCUGCUCCUGUGGAAAUAUGUGGCAACCACACCAUACGAACAGAUGUCUAAUAAAGAGCUGUAUGACGAUCUGCUCUCCCUUUCUCAUCGCACGCAUGCAGUUGCCCGAAAUAUGCAUAGAAUUUUAGAUUCAAAAUUAGCUGGGAGAAGAUGGUUUCAGAAUAAAAGAAACGAUACCUGCCAAAACACUUCUACCUCUACUUCACAAAAAACUGAAGAUCUUCUGAAAGUCAUCAUCAAUGUUUCAAAUGCCUGGAUAUACCCACUGAGACUUCUGUCACCUGCAGUGCUGACUCAUUUAGGGUCCUAUGAUGGUAUGCUGUCAAGAGCCGUAGAGGUUAAAUAUAGAAAUGAACAAGUUCUGAGGGGAGCAAAGGUUUUACUCAGCAGGAUUCAGCCUAGUAUUGAAGAACAUGACGAAGCUGAAUGGCCAGUACUAAAACAAUUGAGGUCUUCCAGAGAAAGGACUCACCUGUUGGCAUUUUAUAAACUCUUCUACUGCCUUCGCAAAGACACACAGAAGGUGAAGCGGUAUCUCAGGAUCCUGAGGUGCCAAGCCAUCAAAACCAGCAAGUGCUAA